AUGUUGUUUCUAUCCAACAACUUCGAGUCCCGAAUCGGAGAUUCGGGAUAUAACUCCGAAAAUAGUUACUCUCUUCAGAAUAAUCGCAAGAGGAACUUUUACAAUGUGAAGGCUCAGCUGCGACAAGCAUUUGCCUGUCCCAAUUGCGAUAAAUCCUUCACCACCAAGGGCAACAUGACUCGACACUACCAGUUAGAGUGCGGCCAGCCUCCGAUGUUCAAGUGCCCGUACUGCGACUUCCGCAGCAAGCAGACGUCUAACGUGAUGUCCCACGUCAGGAACAAGCAUCCCGGUGAAAAGGUUACUUACAUAGACCUGAGACAAAAGUGA